AUGGUAAGUGAUACAUAUUCUUCAAGAGAAUAUUGGCAACAACAUUCCAGUAGCACAAAACGUCAGUGUAUCUUCCCUUCAGUUCAUAAGCGUAAAGCUAUUUAUGAAUGUCAGCAUAUGGAUAUUUCAGCGCCUAACGAAAAUGAUAAUAAUCCACUAAUCAAUAAGAUUCAAUCAAAUUGGUGGUGCCCGUUAACUGAUAAUUUUGAUCAUUAUCCUGACUGGCGAAGUUGUCCGGAGACAGCAUCCACUUAUGCUGGCAAUGAACCAGGGAAACAGUGUCACUUUCCAUUCCUUUAUCGUAAACGGUUAUAUUCCACGUGUAUUCGAACUGGUGAGAGUUUAUACUAUGCAAAUCCCGGUGAUUCUAUGCCAACAGACAACGGUAAAAGUGGUUAUUGGUGGUGUUCUACAACACCAGACUUUGAUUUCGAUGGUAAAUGGACAAAAUGUCGACCACAGUUAGCCUAUCAGUUACCAUGUCACUUUUCAAGGUCAUUGGACACAAUCGGCGGUUUUGUACAGAAUAGUCAACAUGAAUGUCAACCAUUCGCUGGGCAUUGGAUAUGUCAUACGGAGUUGAAUCAAUUACGAGAAUGCCCUAAAGUUGUACAGUCACUGAAUAAUAUACGAACAGAGGGUGGAAAUGAUCCCGGAUUUCCUUGUCAUUUUCCAUUUCAAGCCACCAUAAUGCUGAAUAAAGAUGAAAGUCAAAGUGGAAAUAUAGCUAGAAAACAGAAUUUCACUCGUUGUCUACCUGGAAUCGGUGAACCAAUACAUUCUCAACAAUUAUCAAUUUAUCCAACAUGGAUUGGUUAUUGGUGUGCAACUACAGAGAAUUUUGACAGAGAUAAAUUAUGGACACGUUGUCAAUUGAAUUAUCUGCCUUUAUCAUCUAGUAGAUAUGUACAUAAAUUCACCUUAUCAGAAAUAUGGUCUAAAUUGUAUUGGUUGACAAUGUUGACAGAUAGGGAACGAAAUAAACUUCGUCUACCUAAUCGAUUGACUGAAAAUGACUUUUCACAGUCUUUAAAUCAUUUAGAAUAUUUACGAGCAUCAUGGGAAAUAUUUGAAAAUCAUAAUCUUAAAAUUACUCAAGAAACACCUAAAUAUUCUGAUGACAACAAUGAACUUACCUGGUGGAUAUGGUUAGCACCAUUUUGGUGGAUCAAUUAUAAAUUGAAUCAUAGUUACUCCUCAGACUUACUUUUUCAAGAGACUGGUGAAAAUAGACUAAUCAAUAUUAAUAAUAAUAAUAAUAAUAACAAGGAGUAUGAGAAUCCAUUAAUUCAAAGUUUCAAUUUCCCAUUGUGGUUAGAUGAUUGGAGUGAAUCUGCUUGGAAUAAUUAUGCCAUACACAUGAAAAAUCGAUGGAAUCAUCUUAUUACCUAUUUGCAUAAUAAAUGGUUACAAUCAUGGUUGAUUGCAUUUUCAAUUGGUUUUCUAUCAGCUAUUGGGAUAAUUAUUAUUAGUUUAUUGAUAAUAUUUUUAUGGUUAAAAAAAUCAAUACGCUUACAAAUAAUCAAUAAUCUUAUUCAUUCAAAAUAUCAAACACAUGAUAAAAGUGUAUUCGAUAGAAAGUAUGAAGUAAAACAUAAAAAUAGUCAUGAUAAUAAUGUUGACAAUGAAACAGUCCACAGUGAUCAUAUUUAUCCAGCUCAUAUGAGAAAUAUUGAACAAUUACAGGAUAAGUUAUAUUCUAAUCUACACUGUCGUACAUCAGUGUUAGAUUAUAAUAAUAUGCAUAAAAUUCCAUGUUCUAUCAGGCGAUUACAAAUGUUCAAUAGAAAUGUUAACUUAUUUCAAUCAAUGAAUUCAACCAAUCACGUUCAUUCAAUGUUCAAUUCUGGUAACUUUGAGAGUGAAAAGUAUUCAUCAGUGAGUAAACCAAUGAAAAAUGCAUUACAAUCAUGUUGUUAUAGUGAUACUUGGAAUUUACCUAUUUACGAAAGUAAUACAUUAAACAAUAAUACUGACAAUUAUUGUAUGGAUUGUAUAAGCAGUAAUGAUAAUGUAAGUAGUUAUAAUAUUAAGGAGUAUAUACAAUAUUUUCUGGCUGAACUUAUUCGUCAAUCAUUUACUAAUGAGAACAAGUUAUCGGAACAUGAAUUUUCAAGGUGUUUAAAUUAUUUUUCACGAAUUAUCGAUUUUUCACUAACUCAACAUGAUACAUAUUAUCAUGAUGAGAAGGAGUUUACUACUGACGAUCACAAUUACCUAAUGGAUAUUCAAAAUGGAUCACUAAAGUGUUGCUUACAGCAUAAAAUCGACAGUACUGAUCAUAAAUAUACUUAUUGUCAGGAGGGUUAUAGGCAGUGUCGUCGUCAUCAGCAUCAACAUCAUGAUCGUCGUCAUCGUGUUUUCUGCUGUGACAACGUUUCACCAACUCAUCCCUUUGGAAAUGAUGACAGUGAGAUGAAAAUAGUUGAGCCAAGUGCUCCUCCACCAAGUUACGAUCAAAUUGCUCCAAUAUUGUAA